ACUGUUUUCUUUGCUUCUCCUCUUGCUGUCUGCUGGUCUCUCGUCUUCGUCUGUUCAGUGCGUUGCGUCUCCGUCUCCGGUUUUAAGAAAAUUACAUUAAGCAUAGGUGGAGGAUUAAAUAUUUUCCAUAAAAUUGUACAAAACUUGUGUUCUAAAUCAGUGAGCUUCAAAAUAAAACAUUAUCUUCAUGAGAUUUCAAUAAAAAUAUUGUUGUUUUACGAAGCCAUUCGACUUAAAUUAAAAAAGAAAAUGACACACAAAAGUGAAGAAAACUGCAUUCCAUCGUUUGACUUCACCUGUUGCUUGUGCUUGAUGAAAGAAUUAUUGUAUUUAAUUUAAUUUGCGAUAUGAAAUAGUUUCAAACAAAUUAAGAAGUGUUUUAUUUAAAUGUUUUAUUAAACAAUAUGAUUUGUGUAUGAAGCUAAAAUUUAAUAACUAUUAUUGUUAUCAUUAUUUUAAUUUGAUUAAUGAAAGAUUAUUAACAUGCAAUUCUAUUAAUGUGUAUGUGCGUGGUGAAUACGUAAUUUGCUGUGGUGAAUAUUAGAUUGAUUCAUUAGAGGGCAGUUCAAGAAAUCAACAAAUCUAACCUCAAUUAUUUACUUUAUUAACUACAGCUUUGAGCUUAAAUUAUAAUUAUUGCGUUGUUUUCUUCAAUAAAAUAAUUUUAAAAGAAUUGUAACAUUUGGAGAAAUGGAUGCUUCUACUAUUAUAGACGAAAGACAAGAUAUUCAAAAGAAAACGUUUACAAAAUGGAUAAAUUCACACCUGGUAAAAACACAAUAUCCCUUGGUAAACGAUCUUUUUAUGGACUUACGAGAUGGUCACAAAUUAUUGGAACUGCUCUGCAUUUUAACAAAAUCACAUAUCAAACCUGAGAAAGGACGUAUGCGAGUUCACCAUAUUAACAAUUUAAAUAAAGUAAUCCAACUAAUUCAAGAACAGGGAGUAAAACUGGUUAAUAUAUCGAGUGAUGAUAUUGCAGCGGGAAACCCAAAACUAACACUGGGGCUUAUUUGGCUGAUUGCACUCGAGUUCAAUGGUAAAAGCAUUGUAAAGUCUCAUUCGAGCAGUGGCGUGGAAAAAUCUUUACUAGCAUGGGCACGACAGUUUACAGAACCCUAUGGAGUGGCCAUUAACGAUUUUUCAACUAGUUGGUCAGAUGGCAAAGCUUUUCUACACAUCAUCAAUGCCAAUUUACCUGAUCUGGAUCUGAGUGCAGUAUUUGAAAAACAUCCUUUAGCUAGACUUGCAUCGGCUUUUGAAUUAGCAUUUAAAUAUUUUAAUAUUGAACAACUUCUUGAUCCAGAAGACGUACAUACAAAAAAGCCCGAUAACAAGUCCAUACAAAUGUACGUUAUGUGCUUAUACCAUGCUAUAGAAUCUAAGAAGGCCUUGCAACGAUGUGAUAGCAGUGGUCAAGUCUUCAUAUUUGAUGAAACUGCAAAAGAAGCUCACGCCAGCAUAUCUCUUGAAAACAUUCAUGCUGGGAAUGUCACUGACCUCGAUGAGAUUCCUUUGGAAGCGUCUAAAGAAGCUUGUGAAGUUCUCGAUUUAUGUAAACCUUCUGGUAGUAAAAGUCCCCAGCAAAGAUUGAGCUUGGAAUUUCUGCAAUUUAAUAGCAAUUCGCGUCCCCUCUCCACCCUGUCUACAGCAACAAAUGCUUCUAUAGAGAUAACAACUUAUCAGGUAGCUCUAGAAACCGUAUUAGGACUUCUCCUUGAAGAUGAAGAAGUUCUCUCAAGAGAAAUUCCAGAACCCGAAGACUUUAUUACUGCGAAAGCCCAUUUCCAUGAUAAUGAACAUUUUAUGCUUAAACUUAUCGAACAUCAACAUUAUGUAGGUGAAGCUUUAGAGGAAGGAGCGAAUCUGAUACAUGAAGCUCAAAAAACAGCUGGUCUGACGUUAGAAGAUCAGCAUGAAAUCCGUCAACAAAUGGUUUUGCUGAAUGAACGAUGGGAAACUCUUCGUCUUCGAGCAUUAGAUGUUCAAUCAAAAAUUCACUAUCGCUUAGCCCAGUUUCAAAAACAACAAAUUGAAAAAUUGCGUAGUUUUUUAACAAGUGUUGAGGAUAGAAUAUCACAUAUGUCAAACAUCGGGCCAGAAUUAAAAGAUGUGGAAUCGCAACUAGUCGAAUUAGCUGUGUUGAAAGAUGAUUUAAAAUCUCAACAGUGUCUCGUCGAUAGUGUUAGUAAUAUGGUUGUUAUUGUAAAUGAUGAAUCUGGGAAUUUUAACGACUUGGAAGACAAAUUAUCGGCCUUAGGCGAACGGUGGUCGCAUGUUAUUAAGUGGAGCGAAAUGCAAAACGAAAAACUUCAUCAAUAUAAAGUAAUUUACAAGUGGAUAGAUGCCAGAGAAAAGGAUUUGAAGGCCAUGGAAGGGAAAGAGCUCACAGAAUUAGGAAGCGUUACUAGACGAAUGAACGACUUAAAAUACUGCGAACAAGAUUUGUUAGAACUAGAAAGGUACUUAGUUGAUUUGAGACACAUGAUUCAAUCACCUAUGCAUGAAGAUGAUGACACCAGAAGUAAAGUCUUAGAACAGAUGGAGCACAUCGAGGACCGCCUUGAAGCUUUACGGCAAAUUCUUGAAGUACAAUCGAAUCGUAUUGAAUCGAUGGGCUUCCAGUUUUCUUUAAAUACUAAAGACAAUAAUGUUCAGAAGCCUGAAGGUUGGACUGAUUUUCAAACUGUUAUUAAAUUUGGCGAAGAAAGUUUAAAAGAGCCAGAUGAAGACGAAAAGACAAAUGAUUUAGAAUUACAAACCAAUAGAAAACGAAAAUCAAAUGAUGAAAAAAAUUUGCAUUUCUUAGAGGAGCAGAUUUUGGAAAUUUUAAGUUUCUUUGAUAAUUGUGAAGACAAAAUUAACAACAUACAACGCCGCAGUAUACGUUACCAAAUUGAAUCUCUUAAUUCAAUUGAAAAAGAAUUAGAAGCAAAAAAGAACUCUAUCUUAGAACUCGAAGAUCUCUUAGAAGUUUGUCAAAAUGAAUGUCACAGCCAAAACCUUAAACAAAAGGUAACCGACUUGGAAAACAUAAACAACCGAUUGAGUUCACUUUUGUCUAAAGUUAAGAAUCUUAUCAGCACCAAUGAACAAAUUUUUCAAAAAGAAAAGUUCUAUAAUAGUUUAACAGGACUUAAACUUGUCUUAGCAGAUUCUAGAGAUUGGUAUAAACAGCAUUCCAAAACUGCUAGUAAAAAUGAUUUAGAAAACCGUUUAAGAGAUAUGGAAUCGUUGUCAUCAGAAAUAGCUGCUUCCCAAAAAAUAACAUUUCAAUUAGAUGACCACUUCAUUGAAUGGAAAAGAGAUUUCCAAUUAUUCUAUGAAAGUUGGGAGGAUAUGAAAAGAGCAAUAUCUGCUUUAAUUGAAGAAAAAGGUGGCCCCAAAGAAAAUGUAUCCGAAAAAAUCCAAGAACUCAAUAAAUUUGUCGAUGAAGUUGAAAAUGCACAAGCAAUUGCUUCAGAUUUAGACAAAAUGAAUCAAAAUCUAAAAGAAUUGAAUGCUUUAAAAGAUAUUGCUAAGAAUUUUCACACAAUAUUUGAACACAUUCGGCAGAAAAACGAAAAUUUAAUAACCAAUAAUUUCGAAGAAAAUUGGUUAAAAAUUCCGAAUAUAAUUAACGAACGAAUUAUUAAGCAAAACAUAUUUAUUGAAAACCUCAAUCAUUUUCGAGUCGAAUAUAAAACAAUUUCUUCUGUGCUUAAUGAACUCAAAGUAAGCUUAGAAAAAGAUGAUGUUUGUCAACUUGGGGAAAGUGUUAUGCCCAAAUAUGGUAAUGGUGACUCCUAUGAUCAAUAUGCAAUGGAGUUGCGAAAAAUUGAAAUUGACGUUAUAAGUGCAAAAAACUUCAGUGAAAUUCUCAUUAAAGAUGCAGAAGAGGACUUUAGAGAAAGUAUUAUUUCAGAUAUAGCCAAAUUAAAUGAAUUGUACAACAAGGUGCUUGAUUUGUAUCAAAAAAACUGCAAGAGAAGGCAUCAAAUUAUUACAAGAAUUGAAGAAAUAUUGCAAAGAAUUCACCAAACUGAUUUAUGGUUGAACGACUUGGAAAUGAAUACUCCGAAAAACAAAAUAUCAGAAAUAGCCAAUUCCAAUGAACUUUUCCAAAUAAAAUCAAAAUAUCAAAUUUUAAAGGAAGCAUGUGAGCGAGAAACAAUUAAUUUUCGAGAUUUGAACGAGAAAGGCGGGGAUAUUUUGUUACAAAUUGAUGAAUUAUUCCCUGCACAAAAAGGAUCUGAUUCGAAGUAUGCGAAUCUAGCAAUAAAGUUCACACGUUUAAAUUCUAGGUGGACAGAAGUAACAUCUUUGGUUUAUAAAAGUACUGCACUUCUUGAACAUAUCUCAAGUCAGUUAGGUGAGUUUAAAAAGUUUAUAGUUUCGGAAACUGGAUAUUUGGACAAAUUAGAAAAAAAAAUUGGACAGACUCCUGAAAAUGCAGAUGCCGAAGAAAUAAUUGAAGAAUUGGAUGACCUGGAAAACAAUUUGCGAAGCCAUUCAGAUGAUUGGCUUGAAAAAAUUCAAGAAAUCGGUGCUGACUUAAUACAUAACGAGUUUAUGACUAUUGAUAUUAAAGAAGAAGUGAAUUCUACACUUGAGCGUUGGAAUCAACUACAGCAAAAGGCAAAGCAACGCACUGAGUUGUUAGAACGAGAAGUUUCCGAAGCUGAAAAAUCAGAAAAGUGUGUAAUACAACUAGACUGCUGGCUUACAAGGGUAGAUGAAAUCUUAAGUGAACAUUUAGAGAAUGAUGUCACAGUAGAAGACUUACCAGAAGAUUUUCAGCGUCUCGUAAAGGAAUUUGAAAAAAACGAAAAGAACUUCACAGAAGUCCGAGAGUUAAUUAUAACCCAUACAAGAAAUAAAAAAAUAGAAGCAGCAAAUCGUCUUCAGGACCAGCUAAAUCUCCUCGAGGCCCGCUUCAAAGCAUGUCAGAUAAAACUGAAAAAGUGCACAGCUCCACAGCCAGCUUAUGAACAUCGUUUGAGUCGAGCAGUUGCUGAAUUGCGCAAUGUUGAACGUUCGACGUUAGUAUUGGAUGUCGUUACUGCCGGUCCGUCAACGGUUCAAUCACAAUAUCAAAACUGCUUGAAAAUAUAUCGCACCCUUUCUGAAAUAAAAGGGGAAAUUGAGCAUACAAUCAAAACUGGCCGCAAAGUUUGCGAAGACAAGUUCACUAAAUCUCCAAAACAACUCACGCAAAGGAUUGAUGCUCUCAAACAUCUAUACAAUGCUCUCGGAGAAAAUGUCACACAAUCUAAACUUUUUCUUGAAGGGCUUUUAAAAUUAACUCGCCAACUUAAUGAUUGUUUUAAAAUUGCGACUGACACUUUACGAAAUAUUGAAUCAAUACAAGAACCAAUGGAGAGGAAAAAGAAAUUCCAAUAUUUGGAAGAAAUUUUGCUUAAAUGUGACGAUAUUUAUAACGAAUACAAGAAAUCAUGUGACCAAAUAUAUCUUGAGGAUGUAAGGCAUAAGAUUGAUGACCUAAAAGAAGAAUACUUUAAACUAUCUAACAAUGAUAUCAUGAGUACGCUUUCAGAAAUGAAAUCAACUUUACAUAAUCUUGACAAUAUUUCUGUUGAAACAUUAAAGAAAAUGCGAAAAGACUUGAAAGAAAUGAAUGUAUCCAAUUCCGAAAUCGAAGUAUUACAUCGACAAGUGACUAGUAUCAUUGCAGAUGCCCUCACAAGGCCUAACCGAUUACUUGAUGACUCUCAGAUUAACGAAAAUGAAACCGAAAUUGUUAUUGUCAGCGAUACUGUUCGUCAGAGACGUGCGCGAACUCAAUCCACAACUAAUAUCCCAAUGAAUCAAGAAACAUCACAAGAAAUCAAUGAAAACACUGAUAUGAAAAUUCUUCCAGAUCUUUUGCCAUCACAAACAUUUAGAUUAGCCGAAUUAAGUUCUUUAUUUUCUGAAAUAUCCAAGAACCGUAAAAAUAAACUCCAAAAUGAAGACCAAAUUGAAGAUAGGUCUAACAAAUCUGAACCAAUAUCGGUAGCCGUUGUAGAAGUUACUGAAAAGGGUAACCAUAAAAUGUCUGUCCAAAACAUUGAUAUUGCUUAUGAUAUAAAUGAACCAAGAGUCGUAGAAAUUGUCGACCAGGUUAAUAUUGUUGAAACAGUUGAUCUUUUUGUCCCUGAAUUUGUGGAAAUGGUUCAAAUUGUUGAUCUUUCUGAAGACUCUGAUUCUUCCAUUCGUGUUGAAGACGAGGAAAACAAAUGUAUUGAAGAACAAAGUUUAGAAAUGCGAACUAAUCGAACAUUGCCAAUUAUAAAAGUCGAAAAACAAAGAAUUUCUUUCGAAGAAAAACGUAAACGAAUUGAAAGUGAAAGAGACAUUUUAAGGGAUUCGGAAGAGGAAACCGAAGACGGUUCGAUUAUAUCAAGAAAACAAAAAAAGAAUCGUCAAUUUCAAAACAAACGGGAAUUCUUUGAUUUGUAUGAGAAUGAUAAUUCCAGUAAAUUUAAUGAAAAAGAUCUACCUUUGGAACAAGAUACACUUGUGUUUUUCGAAGAUGAAGAUAUACCAAGAUCUUUCGAAAUGAAACCAGUUAUUGAUUCGUAUAGUCUUAUGAAUCGUAUUAAAACACCACCUACAAAAAAUCCAAAUGAAAUUCUAAGUAAAAUGCUCCCAUCGACAACGGAAGAAAAUAAACUUGAUGGACAAUUUAGAUUCCCUAGUAAUGAAAACCUGAUGCUGCCCAAAUAUGGUAACUCAAAUUCCUUGGAUCAAAGGGUUCAAGCAUUUGAUAAAACAGCUAAAUAUAUGAUUAAAAAGCUGGAAAUGACGAAGCAAAAAAUAUAUGCAUGCUCUGGUGGUGACAUUGCUAUUGAAAAUUUAAAAAUGUCUAUUGCUCCGGAUGCAGCAGCAUUGAUUUCGCAAGGUGAUUCCCUUGCGCUAGAAACUCACGUAAAAAAAGGAAAUCUCUCUGAUAUCAUGAGGACACAACAAAUUUUAAGAGAACACUUUAAACAAGUACAAAGAGCGAAGCCAAUAAAUUCACGAGAAGAAUCUGAGGAUAAACAAGAUUUAGAAAACAACGAGAUAACCGAUCUUAAUAACUCGUCACGGAGUAUGAAAGAUAUCGACAUUAAGGAGUUGGUACACAAAGGGUUAAAAAGAACAAGUGAUUUGAUGGACAAACCAUUUGAUCGGUCGUCAUUGGAAGAUUUGGAAAAAAGAUCUUUGGAAAUAAAUGAUCGUCGUGAUGACUUGAAAUUUGUAAAAAAUACAUUAGAAAACGUUCAACAACCAACCAAUUCCACACGAAGAUUUAUGGCGCAGGUAGAAAAGACAAAAGCAAGCCUGAUGGAUCAUGCAAAUAGUGUUGAAGACUCACUAACUUUGCUUAAAAUUGGGUCAGAUGAUAGAAAGAACGAAUUAAAUGCCAGUGAAAAUAAAGAUAAUCUUAAUUACACGCUCGGUUUAGCAGGAGGAUUUGAUCAGUCUAUUCUUCAAAUAUCUGAUUGGCUCAUAUUAGAACAGAAUAUCGUAAAAAUGCAAAGUGUAAAUGUGGAUGACAUUGAUGCAAUUCGAGCAGCUAUCGAGAAAGAAAAUAAAGUCUUACGAGAACUUGAUAUGAAAAAGCCGCAGUUGAACGAGUUGGUACAUACAGCAGACAUUCUUAAAGGUGAACUAAAGCGCCAGCAAUUACAGGAAAAAGAUAAACAACUUUUUUUACUUGCUCCUAAUUGUUCUGCGGAUUUGGACUACUUACGAUGUUGCUUGAAAGUCGCAAGAUUGCGAGAUCACUGGGAUGAUACAUCACAUGCCGUUAUCCAAAGGUCAGCUCAACUCAAAAAUAUGAUUGGUGAUUCGCAAAGAUACGAAGCUAAGAGAUUGGAGAUUGAGAAAUGGUUAGCUCGUAUGGAAAACAGAGCUGAACGCAUGGGUGCUGUUGCAACUACAGCUGAUGUAUUGGAAGCACAGCAAAAAGAACAAAAAUCUUUUCACGCUGAGGUUCACCAAAAUAAACAACAAAUUGAACUAUUCAAUACGCUAACACAAAAACUCAUCGCUGUUUAUCCAUCUGACGAUACAUCAAGAAUAAAGAAAAUGACGGAAUGUGUAAACGUCAGGUAUGUCAACUUAAAUAACGGCGUUAUCAAUCGCGGAAAACAACUCCAUGCUGCUUUACACAGCUUACUAUCAUUUGAUCGUACAAUGGAUCAGUUCUUAGCAUUUCUUUCGGAAUCAGAAUCCUUGGUUGAGAGUACUGAGUCCGAUAUCGAUAGAAAUCCUUUAAUGCUCAGGGAUUUGCAAUCGGAAAUUGAAACACAUCGCGGAGUUUAUGACAGUCUUGAUGUUACUGGUAGAAAACUACUUAGUUCCCUGACUUCACAGGAAGAUGCUGUUAUGUUGCAACGUCGUCUUGAUGAAAUGAACCAACGUUGGAACAAUCUUAAGUCAAAAAGUGUGGCAAUAAGAAAUCGACUCGAAUCAAAUUCCGAACAUUGGAAUGCACUUCUGUUAUCCUUGCGCGAACUAACCGAAUGGGUUAUCAGGAAAGACACUGAAUUGUCUACUCUCGGAAUAAGUCCCGUACGAGGUGAUGCGGCGAGCUUACAAAAACAAUUGGACGAUCAUAAAGCUUUCCGUCGACAAUUAGAAGACAAAAGGCCCAUUGUUGAAAGUAAUCUGCUAAGCGGUCGUCAGUAUAUCUCAAGUGAAACCUCAGAUAAUAGUGAUAACGAAGCUCAUGAUUUAGAUUCCCGCUUUAUGUCCGCAGAUGAGCAAACCCGUGAACUGACACGAAGUAUUAGUCGGGAAGUAGGAAAACUAUCGGAACAGUGGAACAAUUUAAUUGAUAGAUCUGAUAACUGGAAGCGCCGCUUAGAUGAAUAUAUGACGAAAAUGCGUCAAUUCCAAAAAAUACUUGAAAAUCUAUGCUCACGUGUUGCGUCUGCUGAAACGACAAAAUCUACCUGGGGACCACCAAAUAGUUCGCAAGAUGCUAUGGAGCAAAUGCAACAUUUGCAGCGACUUCGUGAUAAAAUGACGACUGCAGGAGCCUUAUUAGACGACUGUAACGAGCAACAAUCAUUCUUUACAGCAAAUCAAGUGCUAGUACCUCCCCCUUGUCUUUCGAAAUUGGAGGAUUUGAAUACAAGAAUGAAACUCUUGCAAAUUGCAAUGGAUGAAAGGCAAAAACUCUUAGUAGCAUCAGGAGCAAAUAUAUCACUCGAACACUGCGAUGAUGGAAGAAAUACAUCGAACAGUGGCACAAUUGGACCCUUACCGAAUCUUAGACAAAGUGUAAAACCUCCUUGGGAACGUGCAACGACAGCUGCCAGUGUGCCUUAUUAUAUUGACCACGAACGAGAAACGACCCAUUGGGACCAUCCCGAAAUGAUCGAACUCAUGAAGUCAUUAGCUGAAUUGAACGAAGUACGCUUUUCGGCUUACCGAACCGCAAUGAAGCUUCGAUCUGUGCAAAAGCGAUUGGCAUUGGAUCGUAUUCCUAUGGCAAUAGCAAUUGAAUCCUUCGACCGACAUGGAUUACGUGCUCAAAAUGAUAAGCUAAUCGAUAUCCCCGAUAUGACGACUGUUUUACAUUCUUUAUAUGUUAUAAUCGAUAAAAUAGAUCUAACGUUGCUGCUGGAUUUAGCAAUCAAUUGGAUUUUGAAUGUUUAUGAUUCCCAAAGAACAGGACAAAUUCGGGUCUUAAGUUUCAAGGUUGGAUUAAUUCUACUGUGUAGGGGACACCUUGAAGAAAAAUACCGCUAUUUGUUUCGAUUGAUUGCUGACCUUGAUCGUAAAGUAGAUCAAAGAAAACUUGGACUUCUUCUUCAUGACUGCAUUCAAGUGCCAAGGCAAUUAGGUGAAGUUGCAGCUUUUGGGGGAUCAAAUAUAGAGCCCUCAGUUAGAUCAUGUUUAGAAAGAGCCGGAAUAUCCCCAGAUUCUCAAGACAGCAAUCAAGAAUUAUCAAUAGAGGCGCAACAUUUCCUUGGUUGGCUACAACAUGAACCUCAAAGUUUAGUUUGGCUUCCCGUCUUACAUAGAUUAGCUGCAGCCGAAUCAGCUAAACACCAGGCAAAGUGCAAUAUUUGUAAGGAAUAUCCAAUUGUUGGCUUCCGUUAUCGUUGUUUAAAAUGUUUUAACUUUGACAUGUGCCAAAAAUGUUUCUUCUUUGGCCGAAAUGCCAAAAACCAUAAGCUAAGUCAUCCAAUGCACGAAUACUGUACAACGACCACAUCAACAGAGGAUGUUCGAGAUUUCACAAGAGCACUAAAAAAUAAGUUCAAAAGCCGAAAGUACUUUAAGAAGCAUCCCCGAGUUGGUUAUCUUCCAGUUCAGAGUGUUCUAGAAGGUGAUGCGUUAGAAAGCCCAACACCUAGCCCACAACACACAACUCAUACACUUCAAAACGAUAUGCACUCAAGGCUGGAAAUGUAUGCUUCUCGACUGGCACAAGUAGAAUAUGGAACUGGUCCAAAUUCAACUCCUGACAGUGACGAUGAGCAUCAAUUGAUCGCACAGUAUUGUCAAGCCUUGCCCCCGAAUGGUAGUGGGCCAAAAUCACCUGUACAGGUUAUGGCAGCUAUGGAUGCAGAACAGAGGGAAGAAUUGGAAGCUAUUAUUCGAGAUCUCGAAGAAGAAAAUGCUAAUCUUCAAUCAGAAUACCAACAGCUUUCUACAAAGCAAACACAAAGUCUUACAACUCCAGACGAAGGAACUAAUCAUUCUCCGCUGGGUGGCCUUUCCCUUGGUAGUGAUGCUGAUCAGGGACAGGAUAUGAUGGCAGAAGCAAAGUUGUUACGGCAACAUAAAGGCCGACUAGAAGCUCGUAUGCAAAUAUUGGAGGACCAUAACAGGCAGCUAGAAGCUCAAUUGCAAAGGCUGAGGCAAUUGCUGGAUGAACCGAACAAAGCCAAUAAUGCAAAACCAUCUACAUUACAAACAAGAUCUGUAACUGCUUCACAACUUAAUACUGACUCACCAGCAAAAAUGCAGCAAAAUGGUUACUAUGAACAGAACUCAAAUGGGAUCGGUGGAUUGCCGAUGCCUAAUCUUAAAAUUGGUGAAAAUAAACAAGCCCCAAACGCUGGUGGCAACAUCCAUCUUCGUAACAGUGCUGAUAGUGGUCAAGUUUUAAUAGGAGAAGAUGGUAGGCCACCACCACCACCUCAUUCGAGUUUAUUACAUAUGCCUGAAGAAAUUGGUAGAGCUGUCGAGGAACUUGUAACUGUUAUCACCGAACGUGAAGUUGAACAUUCCCUUGCAGAAAAGAUGACUUAAAAUUUAAAACAAUGUAAAAAAGCUUUAAAAGCAAACGAUCAAAGUGCUUUAGCUUGAAAUAAACACACUUUAAAGAUGAUCAGAUGAAAAUCAAAUAAAGUUGUGAAUUAUAAUGUAAUUGUAUUUUUAAAUGACUGUAAUGAUUAUUCUGUUUAUUUUUUAACGUGUUUAUAGCAAAUAUUGAAACAAUGUUAGCGUAGUUAGUUAAGAAUCAAACAACAAUUUUUGUUUAUAUAAUUUUGUUAAACAACAUUUUGUUAUUUUAUUAAAUAUAUUACAUUUUUCUACAUUUAUUUUCUAGAAAAUAAUGGACCACCUGCA